AAUCAACAACAACAACAACGACGACGACGAUGAAGAUUCAGACUUUCUCUCUCAUUUUUUUGUACCAUACAUUCUAAUCAUAAAAUUCAACGAUAAAGAUUUUAUUAUUAUUAUUAUUAUUAAUGGUCAGCUUUGGAUAUUUUUGAAAAAGAGAAAAAUGUUUGUUUGUGGAUACCAAAAAAAAAGUCGACUAUAUAGUACUACUAUAGGCUUUUUUUUCUCCAUUCGUGGUUAAAUUUGUGAAAGAGAAAAAAAAAUAGUUGUGAAGAAUCCAUCCCUUAUGGCCAUUAAUCUUAUUGGAUAUUAUUUUCAAUUACAUGCUCAUCAUCAUCAUCAUCAUCUUCAAUCACAUCAUUCAUGGCGUGAAAAAAAAUGAGAAACUAUAUAAAGAAAGAUGAAAGUAUUUUCAGUUUUGAUUGUUGUUAGAAUAAAAAAAUUCUUGAUCACGUUUGUGUAUUUGAAAUUCAAAUGAUGAUGAUGAUGUGGACGAGGAUUGAAUGGACUACCAUAAUGAUGGCCAUUAUCAUAUCAAUAAUGAUGAUGAUGAUGAUGAUCGAUGCUGAAGAGAUCCGUUUCCGUAAACCAGCAACAAGAUUAUUACAACGACAACAACGGCAAGGACAGUUGUUACAGAUACCUAGGAGUCGUAUUAUUAAACCACCACAAUUAUCGUCAUCGUGGUCAAAUUUGAAUAAUAGAAUCAAUAGUAAUGUUCAUAGAUCAUCAUCAUCGUGGAACACAGGUGGUAAACAACAAUCAGAAAGACAAAUUGCAUGGACAUCAUGGUCACAACCAUCAUCGACCACUGGAUAUAAUGUUCCGAUAAAUGUGAUUGAUACGGGUAAUACAAGACAUGAAAGUUGGAAUCAACCAGCCACAUAUGAUAAUAGUCCACCUGGUGCAUAUCAUUGGGGUUAUCGAUGGAUCGAUGAAUUUGGUAAUCAAAUGUUUCGUGAAGAAACGGCCGAUGGAUAUGGUACCGUUACCGGACGAUAUUCAUUUCGUGAAUAUAAUGGUCUCAUGCGAAUCGUUGAAUAUAUUGCCGAUCAAAAUGGUUAUCGUACACGUAUUCGUAGUAAUGAACCGGGUAUUGUUACAUCAUAUCCGGCUGGUGCAGAAAUUAUUCGUUUUGAAAAUGAAAAUGAUAUUCCAGCUAAAUAAAUUUUUUUUUAAUUGAUUGAUUGAUUGAUUGUUUUUUUUUCUCUUGAAUAUCAUGAUCAAAUACACAUAACGAAAAUAGAUACAAAACAAAUCUAUGAAUCA